AUGAAAGCAAAGCUGGAAGUAUUGGCUCUGGUCCUGGGAUUCAUAGGCCUGUGUGGGACAAUUACUGUCACUGCACUUCCCACCUGGAAGGUGUCCGCUUUCAUUGGGGCCAACCUCAUUGUUAUGGAGGAACUCUGGGAAGGCCUGUGGAUGACUUGCUACAGGCAGAUUGACAUCAACAUGCAGUGUAAGGUCUACGACUCACUGCUGAUUCUCCCUGCAGAGCUGCAAGCUGCCAGGGGCCUCAUGUGUGCUUCAGUAGUCCUGGUUUUCGUCUCUUUGGUUGUCACAGUUUUGGGGAUCAAGAGGACCAACUGGUGUGGUGACAAUAUGAGAAGCAAAAAUAUGACUCUGGCCAUAGCGGGAAGUUUGUAUCUGGUCUCCUUUUUGACCACACUCAUCCCCGUUAGUUGGGUGGGACAUUCAAUUAUCAGCCAGUUCUAUAACGUAGUAGUUCAUGAAGCUCAAAAACGUGAGCUUGGACGGGCUCUCUAUAUCGGCUGGGCAACUUCUGGCAUUUUGCUGACCACUGGAAUCAUCCUCCUGGUCAGAUACGACAAACGUAGACCGGAGGAGGAACAGCUCUACAAUCAAGCCUAUCUUAUGGAAGAAAAGAACGUUCCAAAACAGGACACUGUCUACCAUCCGAAAACAGAAUCCAGCCUGCACAAGCAGAAAGAAUAUGUUUAA